AUGGAUAAUUAUCAUCAUGAUAUACAAAGGCCGAAUUAUUUUAAUUUGAAUGUAUAUUCAAGACCUAAUGGAAAAGGUAUUGUACAGCAUAUUUAUCCGAUCAAUCCACAAGAAAUAAUAGAUGAUGAUAAUGAAGGUACUACUUGGUCAUCACAUUGUUUCAAUUUACAAUCUAAACAUAUUGGAUCUAUUGAUGUGAAUGAUCCAAUGAUUAAAUUAACUUUCUAUCGAUCUAAAGAUUGUCUUGGUGCUCCAAUUCGUACUAUGAAACCAACAUGUACUCAUUCUACUAAAGUCAUGAUGAAAGCUAAAUCUGUUUCUAUUAAAAGAUUAAAAACUUAUUUCUUUUGA